AGCGAAAGAUGUUCAAAGUAGACCUUAUUAGUAAAACAUGCUUGCAACGAUAAUGAUAUUGACGUUGAUGAAAAAUGUCACUGGAACCUGCUUUAUCCUUUCACGGUAUGCAAUUAGUACCACUACAACUCACAUAAUUCUAUAUUUAUCGAUUUAAGCAGAACAUUUCGCAUCAGUAAGCCGUGACCUGUUGUUGAGUGCAGUCAGAAAAUGUUGCUUUGUAUUUGUUUGUUAUUCACGAUCACCGCUGCGACUUCCGCGCAAGGAAUCUCAACUGCAGACGGGAAGAUCAAGAUGACGAUUGUGACAACGGCCGGGUGUGGGGACACUGUGAACUUCAUCACGAAGCAGUUGAGUCCUGUUUAUGACAAAUUCAGUGAGCACCUGAUUCUCGAGUUCGUCCCGUGGGGGCGGACUAGGAGGAACCGGAAUGGCGGUCUGGUGUGUCAGUUCGGAACUAAAGACUGCUUCGCCAACCGCGUCCAUCGCUGCACCCUCGACAUGUUGAAGAACAACCAGUAUAAUCAGGUCAAGUACAUGGUCUGUGAGUUCAGUUUACGUUCCGCAUACAAGAAUGCUGACCUUACGUGCGCCAAGAACGCUGGAGUCAAUUUGAGUGAGCUAGAAUCUUGUGUGAAGACGCCAAAAGGAGAUAUACUAGAUGCAGAGGAUGAAGCUAAAGCGGCGGAGCCAAUGAGAGUCGUCAACUUCGUGCCCGCGAUAGCGUUCAAUGGUGUCAGUGACUACAGUGUGCAGAGAGCGGCAAGGACCGACUUGAAGACACUGGUCUGUGGGGCUCUGCAAGCUGAUCCCAGUACGAGGUCAAAUGUUGCUGGCUUUUGUUAGCAUUAUACAAAAAUGAUUGCAUGUGUGACGAAUGUGCAAAACUUGAUAAUUUAAUACAUGGUAUGUAAAAACUA